AUACUUGUUUUAAAAGAACUGCGCGUUAAAGUGUCGUUAAGUAGGCAAAAAAUAAAAUAAUCCAAAUCAUUUAGGGCCAUAGUCAGUGGUAUUUUAGAAGCAGAUUAGUUUCCUGAAAGAGUUGCGCGUGUGUAUGGAGAGUGGCGCCGACACCUGUUCAUAUUCACCAUGGCGAAGUGGUUUAAAGAUUUUCCAACGAGUUUGAAGACUGGAUCCGACCGGAUCCGUUCUGCUUCGGAAUCGGGAACUCAGUCCCGUCCCAAACCGGUUCUGACGGUCAGUACUGGUUCGAAAGGGAGUCUGCGUAAAAAUUCUGGAGCGGAAAACGGGGGCAGUGGUGGUGGUGUGGGUUCGCUGCUCCACGGGAGAAAUCGUAAAAACUCGGCCAUCGAGCUGGGACGGAACCACUCCAGCACCGGCUCGAUAAAAGACGGGAAGAUAUGGGAAAUUCUGAUCCCUGGAAAAAGUAAGAAGAACACCAAAAUGGAGGGGUUUGAAGACCAUCGCACCCUGCGGACCACCAGUCUCGCUGACGCGUACACGAGCAGAAUGAUCAAGGUUAAUGAUCCAAAAUCCAGUGCAGGAGGAUCAUCUCCAGACAGCGAGAGGGCCAAGUCACCAAUCAGGACAGAAACGAUCAUCCUGGAGGAUUAUGCUGUCCCAUAUGAUGCUGAGAAAACGAGGGAACAGAGAGAGGCUGAAAGAGAAGGAGAGAAUGAUGGCUACAUGGAGCCUUAUGAUGCCCAGCUCAUUAUUACAGAGAUUCGCCGACGAGGCUCGAAGGACUUGCUGAAAGUGUGUGUAGUGUUGAAUGGGGGAGAAAGUGAGGGGUCUGGACCUCCUCAGAUCUAUGAUGUACCAUAUGAGGAUGUUCUGGAGGGAAUUCCUUUGACCCGACCUGAAUCUGACCCCAGACCACCAGCAGAGUAUGAGCUGCCCUGGGAGUGGAAGAAGGAGCAGAUUGUUAGGGCACUGUCAGCUCAGUUUGAUGGAAUAGAGCGCAUGUCCAAGGAAGAUUCAGGUUCUCCUACUGUAAAACAGCAGACACUGAGACAUAAGAGCUGGACCCCUAAAACUCUUCGACCGAAUCCCCCGUCCCCGACUUCCCCUUCAUCUCCCAGCAUCAUCCCAGACAGUGAGACACCAAUAGUUGAUCCCACCCUGCCCUUGGAGAAACAGAGCUGGUAUCAUGGCAGUGUGAGUCGUCAGGAGGCGGAGGCUCAGCUGCAGCACUGUAGGGAGGCCAGCUUUCUGGUGCGAGACAGCGAAUCAGCUACCAGCAAAUACUCCAUCGCCCUCAAGACGAGUCAAGGAUGUGUGCAUAUCAUCGUAGCGCAGACAAAAGAAUGCGGCUACACACUGGAAAAAAGCAGCUGUGUGCUCCCAAGCAUCCCAGAAGUGGUGCACCACUACUGUACCCAGCGCCUACCUUUCACCGGGGCAGAACACAUGACAUUACAGCACCCUGUGCCACGCACACAUUAAACACACACACACACACACGCUGAACUUCUACAUAUUCACAGCGUUCUCUGGUGUAAAAACAUGAAUGUACAAUACAGUGGUGCCUUCCAAUCACAUGCCAUCAAAACAGCUUAAAAUUCUGUGUCUUAUUGUACGUAUGUAGAUAUGCCCAUGGAAAGGAGUAAUUGAAUAAGUGGAAUUUUAUGUAUGUGCUUUCGCCCCUUUGAAAACUGGGUUUUACUCACUAGAAAGACCAAAGGAGAAAAUAUAUUUGACAAAAACUGUAGUUUAAAUGCAACAGUUAACGUAAUGUGUAUCUGUUGCAGACUUCUCUUUUAUUAUUCCCUCAUUCCUUGUUUGAGCGCGCUGGGACUGCAGCCUCACAAGUUCAUUCCCAAUCAUGUUACUGAUCUAAUUUUGUGCCUGAAGGAGUGAAUUGCUCCUAAACUCCCCCUGCUGGCGGAAGUGACAAACUGCAACUUUCCCUGGAGAGACAAAUUUUACUCCCUUUAACAGUGACUGAAUUUAAGUGGCCACAAUCUGCACAGUUUAUUUUUUAAGGAUCCGUAGUAUAGAUUCAGUUUAGAAUUAUAGUUGAUUUCUCAUAUUAAUUUAUCUUCUAAGAAAAAUAAAAUCACUUCAUCACACAUUGGCAGUUCCUGGAUAGCUGGGGUUAGAUCAUUAGUUCGGAUCAAUACAGCAAAUUGAAGCUGGCUCGUUCAUCAGAUAAAUGAGUCAUUGCCAUUGAUUGGCUAAUGUUCUUGUCUGUACGUGAUGAAACUUUCUAUUGAUUGGUUAGAGUUUGGGAAUAGUGGGAUGUCGAACGGAUUUAC